AUGUCCGAGUAUGAUGAAGAAGAGAAUCCUUUUGCGGAUAUAGAUGAGUAUGUUAAGGAUACAAAUGCCAUUAUCCCUCCAAGAGUUGAUGCUGCUACCUUCAAAGUGGAACACGGUCUAAUCCUAAUGCUCAAAGCAGAGGGGUUCUUCAGAAAUUCCACCGAUGAUGAUCUGACACAACAUCUCAGAAACUUCUUGGGUGUGUGUGCGAUGCAUAAGCAGAAUAACGUCUCAGAUGGUGCUCUAAGACUGAGGGUGUUCAAGUACUCACUAGCCGGAGAGGCAUGGAAAUGGAUCCAAAAUCUACCACCUAAUUCCAUUCAUUCUUGGUCUGAACUCGUCCGAGCUUUCCUAGCUAAAUGGUUCCCGCAAAGCAAGAAGUCUGAGCUCCGGGAUAAAAUUUUCUUAUUCAAGAAAUUACCGGGAGAACACCUACAUGAGGCAUGGGAUCGAUUCAAGCUAUAUUUAGUGAGGUCGCCGAAUCAUGGAUCACACAAAUCCUUGACAAAAAUGGCAAAACAUAACCAAGCUUGGCACUCAGAGGACACCAAUGGUGGAAUUCCAUAUGGUAAUCCGUCCUUGACUAUCAUGAUUAAGGCGAACCAAGAAAAAGAUCAAGUAAUUGCCGGGCUUGCCACCAACGUUAAUGUGUUGACGAAGAUGUUCACUGAAAGCCAAGCAAAAAAAGUGAACAUGGUGGAAGAUGUUCAACCCAUAUCAAAUGAGGAUUUCGAGGACGCUAAUUAUGUAAACAACUCUCAAGGAGGUAGUUCAACUCAAGGGAAUUUGAGUAACAACAACAACAACUUUUCAAAUCGAGGUUCAAAAACCUAUGUUUCACCAAAGGGGCAAUAUUCCAACUCUCCGCAUUGGAAGGAAAGUUCUUCAAGUGAUUCCAAGUUGGAAAACAUGCUUGAACGAGUAUUGCAAAAUCAAGAAAGAUCCGACACUUCAAUGAAGAAUAUGAUCGAGCUUGUGGGUUCUCAUACCGUAUCUAUUCAAAAGCUGGAGAUGCAAAUGAGAGAUCUAUCAAGAGAGCAAAAUCCGAAGCAAAAGGGCACACUCCCAAGUGACACAAUUACAAACCCAAAAGGUAGUGGGAGCGGUCCAACUUCUCAUUGUAUGGCAAUCACAACUCGGAGUGGGAAAAUACUUCAAGGAGAGAAUGAGCUAGUGGUCGAAGUGGAAGAUUCUGAAUAA